ACCAUGGUAUUAAAGUAUUUUAACAGUAUCUCCAAAUACGGUACGGUAUUUUAUUAAUAUGACGUGUUUAACAUGCCAAAUUUCUGCUCAUUCAUGUUCAUUUGAGAUACACAGGUCCACUCUAGUUGUACAUUUAAGCAAAGGAGUCUCUAAGAUGGAGCUCAGAACAUUCCCUAAGAUCCUCUACUUGACUGUGUGCACAGGGUUGAAGCUUUAUCUUGUAGAUGUGUAAUUAGAGCCUCAUUUGGCUGGAACACAGUAUGUCUGUCUGUGUUGUGGUAUUGUGUCCUGGAUCCUGUUAGCUGUUAGCCUGCUAGCUAACAUUAUGUAGUUUACUUCUCACAUUCAAACAUGAUUAUUUUUUCAUCAUUAGUACUCAGGUUAGACAUCUGUACUGAGCUGUCUGAUACUCUGUGUACCUGUGUGCUUUGUAACCAAACACCACUAAAAAACGUUUAUUUCUGCGUCCUGUCCGUCCAGUUGCUCUAUCAUUCUCCUCUAUCUUCCUAAAUUUUCUUCAGGAUAAAUAAAGUAUCUGUCUGUCUAGUAAUAGUUUUUAUAGUGUGGACAGAUCUUAUUUAAAUGUCUGUUUUUAGAUUUGUUUAUUUUUUUGGUUUGUAGACUCAAUAAUUUGUACUAUGAUUUAAACCACAUUACUAUGCAGCUUAAAGGAAUAGGUUACCCAUGUGAUUCUGUAUCUACUGUAAUUGUAGAUUAACCCUUAUUUAUAACUAGAAAUAAAAGACAUCUGAGGGGAAUUUGUUGUACAUAUUGUGCUGUGUGAAGUUUGCAAAUUUGAGAUUAGAGUUUGAUUCAGAAUUUAGCACCACACCUGGAAAGGUGUGAAUCACUAAAUUGAACAGUUGAAUUGCUGACAUUCAGUGUACACCUUCUACAAACCAGUCAUCGCAGGUAUAGCUGCAGCGUAGUUCUUCAGUCUGCUCAAUAAACUGCAGUGUGAAAAUGAAUGAAUGCAGUGUAGCCCUGCUCUGCGGGAUGUGUAAACGAUGCGUGUGGUGAUUGUAUUGUGAAUACAGUGUACGGCACUACAGUACAGCAGGGUUUCAGCACUGUAGUCAUGGGCUGUGUAGGAAGUUCAGGAGGUUGUGUAAAGACUGUCAGUGGUUUGCACGUGUGUUUGAUGUGUUUGUGUGUCUGUCUGCAGGUUUAAAAACAUAUUUAAUCUCCGGGAGGAAGGUGAGCUCGCAGUGCAGCUGUUCCCAAAACAAUCUGGAACGAGACUUCAGCGAAACACGGAAUCCAUCACCUCGUUUACACACUUCAGAGCUCACACACCCCACUGUGGCAGAACACAUCAAGACUCCAUGUGCUAUUGUAGUGGAUCCGAGUGGGAAUCAGAUGGCUGAUGAAGCGACUCUGAACGGCUGCCAGGAUGAACACAGGGCCAACAGCAGCAAGUUUCCAGCCGGACGAAGCCCCAAAGCAGUGAACGGUCUGCUGAGCCCGCUGUGUGAGGAGGGCGUCCGGGCCAGCCAGACGUCUCUGUGUGAGAUGCUGCAGAAGGAGAGGAGUCUUGGAGGUGGUGCAGGAGGAGGUGGUGGAGGCAGCAACACUCCCGUGGUGAUGGGAGGAGGCAUGGGAAUGGACCGCUCAGCCCUCAUUCCGCUUAGGACCAAAGGGUUCCGGGAGAAGAGUGAUGUCCACUUUGUUGACGUGAUCAAGGAGGACAGCCUGAUGAAGGAUUAUUUCUUCAAGCCUCCAAUCAACAAGCUGAGUCUCAACUUCCUGGAGAAAUCUCUGGAGUCUGCCUACCGCACCAGCUACCAAGAAGCGGUGGUGAAACGUGCUCCAGUGCAGACGUUUGCGAGUCCAGUGUUCAGUUCUCUGCUGGAUGUCUUGCUGUCGUGUGCUGUAUUUCUGGCCCUCACUGUCGCCUGUUUCCUGUACAUGGGACACAUGGAGACGCCUUCCGGGGUCACGGUUGGCCUGGCGGCCGCGGCUGCUCUGCUGGAACUGGUCUCUGGCGUUUUGUCUGUCCGUAUGACGUUCUUUCUGGAUGACGUGAUGAGCUGCACGAAGUCUCUGCUGAAGGUGGUGUCCGGCUGGGUGCCUCGGCAUGUGAUCGGCGCUGUACUCGUCUCACUUCCUGCCAUAUCGGUGUUCUCCCAUCUGGCCUACAGCCUCCACCUGCCUAUCCAGGUAAUGAUGUUCUUGUGCAGCGCCAUCAUCAUUGCUGUCAUCCAGUACUGCAACUUCUGCCAGCUGAGUUUCUGGAUGCGCUCAGUUCUGGCCACUGCCACUGGGCUCUCUAUGAUUGUUGUACUUUUCAGCGCCCCCACUAGGAUAAGCAUCAACGACAGCUUUCCAGUGACUGGGAACUUCAGUAAUGCAAGUAUGGGCAUAGUCCCGUACCAUACUGACCCGGGUUCCACAGCCCUGGAUCUGCUGAUAAGGGAAACACCACUGUCAUUUUUCUUGCUGCUUUUGCUGGUCUGGUUCCUCAAUCGUGAGUUCGAGGUCAGCUACCGUCUGCACUACCACGGCAAUGUUGAGGCUGAUAAGCACCGCAUCAAGAUCCAGAAUAUGCGAGACCAGGCCGACUGGCUGCUGAGGAACAUCAUCCCCAUCCAUGUGGCCGAACAGCUGAAAGUCACACAGAGCUACUCCAAGAACCACGACAAUGUCGGCGUGAUUUUCGCAAGCAUCGUGAACUUCAGUGAGUUUUAUGAGGAGAGCUACGAAGGUGGCAAGGAGUGUUACCGAGUGCUAAACGAACUCAUCGGAGACUUCGACGAGCUGCUGCGCAAGCCCACAUUCUCUAACGUAGAGAAGAUUAAAACCAUAGGCGCCACCUACAUGGCGGCGUCCGGGCUAAACGGGCGGCAGUGCCGCGAGCAGACGCACCCCCACGCCCACCUGUGCGCCCUCUUUGAAUUUGCGCUGGAGAUGAUGCACGUGGUGGACGACUUCAACAAAAACAUGCUGGGCUUCCAGUUCAAGCUGAGAAUCGGCUUCAACCACGGCCCGCUGACCGCCGGGGUCAUUGGCACCACCAAACUGCUGUAUGACAUCUGGGGUGACACGGUGAACAUCGCCAGCCGCAUGGACAGCACGGGCGUGGAGUGCCGCAUUCAGGUGAGCGAAGAGAGCCACUGCAUCCUCAGCGGGAUGAACUACGCCUUCGACUACCGCGGCACCGUCAACGUCAAAGGAAAAGGCCAGAUGAGGACCUACCUUUACCCCAAAGUGAAUGAGAGCGGCCCUCAGGGCAAGGAAGACGUCGCUGCCGGUGAGCAGAUCACUAAGAAACCCAGUGUAGCACUCAGUGUGACCCCCAACACUAUACCUACAUCGCCGGCUGCAGUCAACCAACUUCGGCCCUCUUCUUCCACUAGUGCCUGUCGUAGCAACUCUGAGGUGCCACAGGAACCUAGCGUGGGCCCAUCCAAGUUGACAUCAGAGUGGCACAAAGACCCUUUUAGAGACUCUGUGCCUCCAGGCAAAGAUGAGGAGAGUUCCCUUACUCCUCACGUACCCGCUAUCAGUGGACCACAGCCGCCGUUAAUAGCACAGUUAAGCGCUCCACUGGCCAGACCAGAGACACCUUUACGAGGCGAGGAACAGGAGGAGGAAGAAGGAGGAGAAGAAGAGGCAAAUGAGUAUUCAAGACUCCAAGUAGGAGAGAGGCUUUGAUCUGCAUUAGCAGGUGCUGAUCUUUACUGCCUGUCUGCCUCUUUUUCCUCCCUUUAUCUUUCUUCAUCUCUCCUUUCUGAGGCAACAGUGUACAAAUUUGCUGAGGUUCACCUCCAGAGGUGCCUUAAUUAAUCCCAUAUUAAGUCUAGGAGUCUACAAUGCAACAGCCUGUUUGGCGUCCUGCUUUAAGAUCUUGAUCAGAGUGGGGAAAAAACGUUGAAAAGUUGAAAGGUAGUUUAGGGAUAAAUCUGUGUGGAUCACAGUAUGGCACAAAAAAACUGAAUGAUGCAGGAAAAGGGAGGACAGAGAGUUUAAUUUGUGGAUGUUUUGUGUUUCCUUUUGUUAAUGUGUGCUUUGUUUUGUGUGUUUGUUUAUUAAGUGCCUUCAGGAUUAGUGAGCAAAUGAACAUGAUGAAAUGAUAAGAUGAUGAAAUAAAUGAACAAAUGAACAGAGAUGUUGGAACAAUAUCAGCAUGCCGUUUUAGAUUAUGAUUGACAGCUCUGUGGUUGUUGUUUUUCUUUUUCUUCAAAUUAUUUUGUUAAUAUAUUGCAAUAAUUUUGCUGUACUUGUUUCUUAAUUUCAAAAAUUAUUGUCCAAUUUGAGAUGUGACCUUGUGGAGGAGAAGGGAAAAGUGCCAGUGGCUAGUAUGGAGGCAGAAGCAGUCAGUCACAGAUCAGGGGAGUAGAACUGCAUUAGAUUAGAUGGGCAAUCGCAUCUUUCACUCCCAUCAGCAGCGCCCCACGAUAGGGUUUUUUGUUUCCUUUUUUUGAAGAGAUGGGGGGUGGGAAUCUAAUCUUCUCGGAUGUUCUCAGAUUGAACCAUCUUUAAGCUAAGAGCUGAGCACUAAGUACAUGAAUCUGUGAUUUUAGAUUGGGGGAAAAGAAGGGAGCACCCCGACCAAGGCGCCAGUUUCCUCCCUUUCAGUGAAUAUGCACAAUACUGACAUAUCUGAGGCAUUUCCACCGAUACUACAAAACUCGCGCCACUUCUAUUCUGUAGCUACAGCAGAAAUUCUUAACCUAACGUGGUCCUUUUUUAGUUUCUCUUUAAAGCGCUAGCCUUACUUCGAGUGAUGAUACAGCAAUACAGUGGAACCCCUCCUUCAUAACAGCUCCUGUCUCUGGCCCAGCAGCCUUUAGCUCUGAAGCACAAAGUGGAAUAGUAGGGAAUACAGCAAAGGAAUUAUAAGGGAUCAUAUGUAAGUAUAUAUCUCAGCAGAAAGCAUUUAUAAACAUAUCCUAGUUCUUACUGUGAACAACUCUUUGUAUUUGUUAGUUUUUUUUUUCUACAGAUUAUUUUUCAUAUCUCUUCUGAACUUGAAGGUGUUCAGCCUAAUCAAGGUGUUUGAAUUUGUUCUGUGAAUGGUUUCAACCUUUCAAUCGGUCCUGUUUUUCAUCACACACAGCUGCAAAAAGUCAUUCAGAUUGUUUUCUUGUAUUGUGCCAGCGGCUGAACUUAUUCUUUUUUCCCCUUUUCGUUCACAUAAUCGUAGCCUUGGUUUGGAAAUGUUCUGCUGUAUCCGUCAAUUUUGAAUCGUGCCACUUUAACAUGGUUUGGUAUUUUCAGUGCAAUUGAAAUUGCCCCUAUGAAAAUAAUACAAUGUGUUUUGUUAUAUGUUGACAGUAUAUUCCAGAUUUUAAAUGAAAUAUAUUGUUAAUAUAUUCUCAGUAUGUUUAUUUUGUUUUGUAUGGGGGUUUAUUAGAUGUUUCUUUAUCUAGUGCCUUUUUUCUUUUUUUUUAAUGAGUGUGAAAAAGUGCUAAAUGAUUGAAACAAGCCUUUGUGAAAAAUGAAACUUUAGCUUGUUAAGAUUCUUUCUUUUCCUCUCUCUCCCUUCUGUCUCUUACUGAUAAUCCCUCUUAAGGGCAAUGUCCAGUAUUCUCCCCUACCGUUCUUGGGCCUCCUGAAUUUGUACCUUUCCCCACAGGUUGGUUGUUUUUGUAGUUUGUCGUUAGUCAUUGGGAACACUAGGGUAUGGAAGGGAAUGAUGUAUAUUGACAUGUUUGAAAUAAAGGAGGUACAAAGGCUUCUUUAACCUUUGCUGUAGAAGAACCAUAUUUGUGAAGCUCAAGUGUGAAGAACUUUUCAGUUCUGUGGCUCAGAGAAGCCUUUGUAGCUCCUUCCUCUUUAAGCUCUGUAUCUGUAGUGGUGUACAUUACAUUCAGACAAAUUAAGAAACAUAAGACUUUCAGGGGCGUCCUCAGUUUAACUCACACUAAAGUGACGUCGGCACAGCGGAGGCCUCCAGGACACCCCUUGUGUUUUGUGUGUUUUUUUUGUUUUUGGCUUUUCUUCGCCUAUAGAAUUAGCACUCUGAAACUAUGUAGUGCCUUUUCUGCCAGCCAUUCCUCAUUCGACUGACAGAAGGUUGCCUGUAGCUUAUUUUGGUGUCAACUAGCCAGGUAUGACUUCAUCAUACUCAAGUUUAUUUUGUUGUGCAUUCAAAAUUCCAGACACCAGAUAUUCAACACUGUGUAUCUUAAAAAACAGAAAUCUUUGGGAUGGAUAAGGGAUAUUUUUUGGCUAUUGAUUUAUUGUAUGAUUGUAUGGUGCACUGCUUAUCAACCACGCCACACUUAAGUCAGAAUAGACAUCCUUAUCGUAUCACUCCAUCGGCUUCAAAGCGCAAAAAAAAGCUUAAAAAAGAAGAAAAAAAAUCAGUGAGAGCUGACAGUAUUUAAACAUAAUUACUCACGCAUAGUUAUAAAGUGUGUUUGAUUUUUUUGUUUGUUUUCUUCUUGAAGUAUCAAAUGAAUGCAUUGAUAUUUAUGAAUUUGUAUUAUGUGUAUGGAGUUGUUGUGCAGUCCAGGAUCCAGUAUGGUGCGGUCGAUUAACGUAAACCUCACGUAAAAACAAAGCACGUAAGGGCUCUCUGGAGUGCGUGGGGUGCAGCACCUUCACGCCAACACACCCAAACCCCUUUAGCACCAGCCACCGUGUCGAUACCCUGUGGAGACCCUGUAACCUACAGGAUCUACUGUCUUCAGGUCAUUUUAACAAGAAAUCUGAUUAAACUGAAGCCUAUAUACAAGUAUAUAGAAUAUAUACAGUACUGUGCUGUGUUUUAGGUUUUAGUUCCCAAAUCACAUGAUUAUAAAUUUCACAUUUCUCUUAGCAAUUAGACAGUGUUUAAUGUAAAAACUCCAAAUCCAAUUAAAACACAUGCAGAAAUUAUUAGAUUUAACAUCAUUACUCUGUACUUUACCAAACCAGGCGUUGGAUUCACCAAACUGUCUUAGAAAAGAGUUUUAUAAAUGUAUGUCUCUUAACACACAAGAUUACAUUUUUUAAAAUUGUUGUCUUUUAAAAAGAUUGCUUCUAAAGUUUUCUCUUGAGAAAAUAUACUGUCAAAAGUAUGCCACACACUGCUCUCAAUUCCUAGUUCUAGACUCAAAAUGCUGUGUAGUCCCAACGAUGCUCUAAAAUGAUCAGUUUAAGUGUAUAUGUUGUCCAGAUUAUUAGAAUUAUUGUGUAUUUUAACGGGAUUAAAGGUGGAUACAGUUCUUAAUGCACUGUUUGUGUAUAAAGAAGAGAUUUCUUUUGUAUCAUCAGUUAACAGAAUUAGAAUAGCUUUCUGGAGAAAUAAUAAAGACUCAUCAGAUAACACUAAAUUUGUAUAGAAGAGUGUCGUCUUCAGGUUUUGGCUCCGUAAGGUUCAUUAACUGUGGGUAUUAAGAAGGAUCUGUAAAUUCUGUUGCGUCUGUGGCUCAGAAAAGCCUUUGUAGCAGAUUCAUCUUUAAGCUCUGUAUCUGUAGUGGCGUACAGAAAAGCUUUCUGAGAAGUAAUGAAGAUUCUUAACAUAAACACUACAAUUCAGAGCGUUUUAAGAAAUUCUUGAAAAUUGGACUCUGGGUGGUCCAGUGGAGUUAUGUGAUUUGAAUCCCAUCAGCAGCCGGAGUCUGAGAGAGCACAGUUGGCCGUGCUCUCAGGUGGGUAGAUGGCGCUCUCCUGAUGUAAUGUCGGUUGGUGCAGCAACAUUAGCUGAUGUAUCAGAGCUCAGAACGCACAGUAUGAACAGAGUCUGGCUCUGUAUGUGUCUGCGCUGUUUUCACCUCUGAACUAGUGCUUUACUAGUGAGGGGAGAAGACUAAGGAGUGCAUGGGAUAAUCUAAUCUUCCAAAUUAUGGAGAAAAAGUUAGAAAAUAAAUAAAAACAAAAAGAAAGGCUUAAUUACAUGUUAAACGUUUUUUGUGUCUCUUAAAUCUGCAAAAUGGGAGAAAUACAAAAUCAAACAUGUCAGUAAACUGUGAUGGCAGAGAAAACUGCAAACAGGUCAAAAAUCCUCCUCUUAAACUGAAAGAACACUGGAGAGAAGAUGGAAAGCUAAUUAUUUCAUUAUAAACAAGAAAACAGCACUUCAAGAGGAAUGACGUUUUUUACUCCUCUUAAAUUUGACUGAUAUUCAGUUCAUUCGUCCACUUGAUGAACUGGUUACUUUAGAGCCGACUUUCUUACAGCCCAGACCAGUGUGAGCCUGCUGCCUCAAGGUUUGAAAAAAAUAUUUAAGAACAUACUACAGCAUACAUUUUCAGAAAUCCUGAAGAAUGAUUAUUUAUCGUACUUUUAGUUUAAGAAUAAAAAACACUUUUUUUAAGACACUUCUAAAUUGAGUCUGUCCCCAGGUGUUGACAUGGUGAUGACUAUUAAUAAUACUCGACUCUCAUGAAGAGAGCUUUGGGGAUGUUUUAUUAAACACAUUAAUGUAGAAUCACUACUUCAAAUUAUCAUAAGAUCAGUGUUUUACUGUGCAAAUAACAAAUGAUCGUUUAGAUAAUGAGCAUUUUUUUAUUCUAAAUUUAAAUGGUGGCCUAAAACUGUAGAAUUCACACAGUACUGUAUAUAUCACUGUUCUCUCUACUGCAGUUUGUGUUGAAGAGUUUGAAAGGGGGAAACUCAGUGUUAUGAUUGUUUUUUUUUUGUUCUCAUUUGAAGAACUAUAAAAAGCUGUAACUGAUCAGUUGUUACACUAAUCCUGCUCUUAUUAUACCGACGGAUUUCAAGCCAGACGGCAGCUGCCACCUCAUUUCAGACCGUCUUUAAUCAAAGAAAGAGAAAUCUGUAGAGGCUGAACUGAUGUACAAAAUGUGUGCCUUUAUGCUUAAAACUGAGUAUUGUCACUGUCACACACAAACCUUGUAUCUCCUAAAUAGUCACUUUAAAAGAGAAAGAAAAAAGGGGCGUUUCUGUCAGUCUGUUCAUCCAUCAUGGAAAUCUGAUACAAUAUAAAGGCCAACCAUCAGAUUCACAGUUUGUUACAUAAAAACUGCAAAAAAAAGGAGAUGCAUGGUUUUUGUAUGAUGGUGGAAAAUGAGUAAAAUGAUUGCAUUUGGUGUGGUACCAAAGGGUUAAUUGUUAUUAAAAAAGAAAAAUGUGCCGUCAGAUCUACUUUUUGAAUGAGUAUUAUAUUUGCUUGUGCCAUAUGGGAGGAUGUUUUUGUGAAUACCAAAGAGAUUGGACAGAAAUUGGAUGAAAAUUUGGAUGUGAUUUUUGUUUUUGUUUUUCCUCAUCAGUCAAUAUUCUGCCAUUGUGUAUUUUUUGUAGUAUAUGUCACAUAUUGAUUAUGAUUUUUUGUGCACAUUAUACAUUUAAUCCAUACAUGAGUAUAAUCUGUAUACAUUUGCACAAUUCACUUUGUAUGUACAUAUCCAUAUGUAUUGUUUUAUUUGAAUUUUCAAAAUUGAAAAUACAUGUGCAUGUGCCAGAUUUUGAGAGCAGAAAAAACAAUGAAUAAGGUAUUGUCACUGG